GACCUCACAUCCGUUUUCUCGAUGCCGAAGCGAACGUUCCAGAGUAAUGGCGGCAUGCCGGGGUUCUUCGUCGAAAUGGUAUUUCACCCGGGAGCAGCUGGAAAACACCCCGUCCCGCCAAUGUGGAGUAGAAUCAGACCGGGAGCUCUCCUACCGACAACAAGCGGCGAAUCUGAUCCAGGACAUGGGUCAAAGGCUCAACGUCUCUCAACUGACAAUAAACACAGCAAUUGUUUACAUGCAUAGAUUUUAUAUGCAACAUUCUUUCACCAAAUUCCAUAGAAAUAUAAUAUCUCCAACCACCCUAUUUUUGGCUGCAAAAGUGGAAGAGCAACCCCGGAAGCUUGAGCAUGUAAUUAAAGUAGCACAUGCUUGCUUAAAUCCACAGGAAUCUCCUCUAGACACGAAAAGUAACGCAUACCUCCAGCAAGCUCAAGAGCUGGUGAUACUUGAAUCCAUUGUGCUGCAGAACCUGGGCUUUGAAAUUACUAUUGAUCACCCACACACUGAUGUGGUGAAAUGUACCCAGCUAGUGCGAGCAAGCAAGGAUCUGGCACAGACUUCCUAUUUCAUGGCUACCAACAGUUUGCACCUCACUACCUUCUGCCUCCAGUACAAGCCCACAGUGAUCGCCUGUGUAUGCAUACAUCUGGCCUGCAAGUGGUCCAACUGGGAGAUUCCGGUUUCCACUGAUGGGAAACAUUGGUGGAAGUACGUGGACAGCACGGUGACUCUGGAGCUGCUUGAUGAGCUGACGCAUGAGUUUCUGCAGAUUCUGGAGAAAACUCCAAGCAGACUGAAGAGAAUACGGAAUUGGAGGGCGACACAAGCUGCUAAAAAGCCCAAAAGUGAAAAUAUGCUGUCAAUGGAUAACACAUUUACUGGGCCUUCAUUGCUUCAGGACCACGGCGAUACAGCACUUCCUGGAGUUUCCUCGUCCAACCCAAGUUUUUCCAAAGCAGGUGCUGCCUUUUCUGUACCCAUGCCCGGGCAUUCCAGAGGGGUCCCGUUGUCUCUGGACGCCAUGGCUGCCACGUACAACCCAGCCAGCCACAGUGAAUGGCCUCAGGUUAACCAGAGCCAUUACCCCUCCUGCAUAAAACAGGAACCGCUCAGCAUCCCCAUCCACGAAUCCAUGCUGUCUUUGCAGACUUCCACUUCCUCUUUGCUCCAGCACCCUCUGCCUUACAAGACUGAAAAAACGGUUGAUUUAAACCUUGUUAAACAGGAGAAAGGAACAGCAGGCAAGCAUCACUCAACACCUCAGCCUGCUUACCCUCCUUCCUGUCAACCUCUAGUUCAGAAACUGUCUCUGGAUAAGUACAGAGAGAAACAUUCUGCAGAGUAUACUGUCCAGAAGCGUAGGCAAGAGCCCCAUGGAGGCCUAAUGGACUGUGACGUAAAAGGCGACUUGACUUCCUCUUCUACCUAUGCACCACCAAACAUUACCCACAUAGAACAUAGAAAACAUGCACAGCCUCAUCAAGCCUCCCACAGCGGCAGCACUACACCUUCCCCUCUGAAAAUGAAAAUCCCUUCCUCCUCAACUUCUUCAGGGCAAGACAGACGCCAUCAUGGAGACAAAGCUUUGCUCAAACUUCGUCUGCCUGUCCCCGGGUCCAGCAGCAACGCUCCGCCAGAAAAGAGCGGACAACCAAUCAAAGAUGAGUUCAAGAUGAAGAUCAAAGUUUCCUCAUCGGAGCGGCACAGCUCAUCAGAUGAAGGCAUUUCUGCCAACAACAGCAAGAGCAAACAUUCCAGCCCGUUGGUGAGCAAGGAGAAGCAUCGCAGCACCGAGCACAACCUCCAUCGCCCCCACAAGCACAGCGGCAACGGGCGAGGGGCCGCUGAGGCUGCAGGUGUGCUACGAGUUCCUCCUGGUAUGGUGGCAAUGGAAGGAACUACCCUUGGUCAUCCCUCGUCUGCCACUUUGAUGUCGUCAUCACGAAAGAGGGCCUACGCCGAGGGCGGCCACAACCAUCACCCCUCAUCCUCGACUUCCUGCUCCAAAGUGAGCAAAAUCUCCAAGAGUGGCACUAGUGCUGCAGGUACUCCAUCUUUUUCUUCCCCCUUUCCUCCUCCUCCUCCUCGCUCUUGUCCUGUACUGCAGUGUGUCUUGUCCGGCUCGCAGCUCUGUGGCUAACUUCCCUCCCCUCCCCUCCUCCUCUUCCUCCUUAUUCUUGUCUCUCCUCCUCCCCUCCUGUCAUACCCAGGUGGGCUGCGGACCUCUCAGCAGUUCCUCCCUCCUGGCGAAUCGCCACAUGAAGUGGGAGAGCAGAGACACUGAGUCCGACGCUCUGCAGCACAUGGAACUGGCACCAAACUACCGACCACUGAGACUUUGAAGACUAUGCUGACCUCUUUGUCAAGUGCCCUAAGAAAAUAACACUUUGUGAAUAUAAACCCUUUACUGAGAGGCAGAAAGCGUUGCUGCAAAUAAUUAUUGUUGGACUUCUCUGUUUCUGAGAGAUAAGAAAGAUGAAUAAUUAUGCUUCCUGUCGCACCUCGGGGCUGCGACGUUUAGUCCUUUCUUUGUUAAUGUCGAAUUGCUGCUCAGUUUUCACUUUCUCCUCGAAUGGGUGGAAGAAUUUGCAAACGUGGAUGCAUAGGGUGGGGAAAGGUUCCAUCUUCACGUUGUAAGACCUCCAUAUGAGAGGACAAGUAUUACAAGUUCUAUAAAAGCAUGGAAGGUGCACUUUCUUCAUUUUCAUGUUUGUUUUUGUUUUUUAGUAAUUUAAAUCUAUUGUGUGAUUAUAUGGAAGAAGUUAUCUGACCAGCUGGAGAUGAGUUAGUUUGUUUUCUGGAAUUCCACUUGAUAUUGUUAAUGGAUGCAAUAUUUUUUUUAGGUGUAAAGUUCCAUCUCCAAAAUUAUUUUCUGGUCUUGGUUUCCUUUUUUAUACUUAAACUGCAUUUGAUUUGCAUGUUUCAAUCAUCAAAGGGAUGUGAGAGAGGAGCACUUAACUUGCUGUUUACAAAAAAAUGGAGAUAAAUGUACAUAUGUUUCUUUUGUAUGUUUAAAGAAGAAGCUAUACCAUGACUACUCAGGUUUGGAGCUGCUUGUAAUUAUAACAAGAUGACUAUAAUACAUAUAAAGGUUUUAUUUCAUGGCUCAGUUGAUUGGA